AUGUCGUUAGGGAUAAGGCCCUCACGUCAAGCGCUCUCUUCCCUCUUCCAAGCUCUUGAAUUUACCGACCACCUUCGUCUCUCAGAACCCGAUCUCGGUUACACAACAAGCCACUCUUGCUCUCCUGAAAACAUUGAGGCGAAUCGAUACAGGGACAUUGUCGCAUACGACCACGCGCUCUUACCCGGACCUUACCUCAAUGCUGCCUUGAUCCCAUCCUUUCAUCCAACCAGUCUCAGCUUCAUCGUCAGCCAGGCGCCAUUGCCAGAAACGUACACCGCUUUCUACACGCAUCUCGUUCAACAGCGAGUACGCGUAUUGGUCAACCUGACACCAUUGGUCGAAAAGGGCAGGCUCAAGUCGCACCAGUACUGGCCAGAUGUUGCAGACCAAGCCACGAGAUCAGAGAGCUGUAGCAACACCAAGCACAUACGCCUCAACAAUGGAUGGAAAGUGACCACCCAAUCCGACAAGCAGAUCCAACUGGAUCAAGCCAAAGCAACCCUCGUCCGUCGCGUCAUCCACAUCGACGAUCCCCAGUCCGAAAUGCUGAAACACGGAUGGGCCGUGACACAAUUUCAUCUCACAUCCUGGCCAGACCACGGCGUAUUCCCCACUGCACUUUUGCUGCAGCUCAUCCGCGAGACGCAGCAAGUACCCAUGACAAAGAUCUACCCACCUCCACCCACCUGGAUCCAUUGUUCCGCAGGUGUGGGUCGUUCCGGUACCCUGGCUGCUGCAUACAUCGCUCAAGCUGCUAUCAAUUCUGCUAGACACAAUCAGACUCCACCGGAUUCGUUGAUGGGGAAAAACGCUGCUGCCGAGAUUUGGGAUUUACCCGUAAGGAUAGUCGAGCAUCUGAGGAGGUACAGAGCGAGGAUGGUGCAAACCAUCGAUCAGUUCGAAGCUGUAUAUGAGAUCGUGGCUGAGUUGGCAACGCAGGCGCAGCUGGCACGAAACUAG